AUGCGCGUAAUUUACUUUAUGCUGCUGGCACUUGCUAGCUACAGCACAAUUGCAGUAGCGGAGGCUUCUGGUGAGAAUAAAAGCCUAUCGAUGGGCCCUUAUCCCGUCAAUGAAGACCACCGCUUCCUCAAAGGAUCCAACAAGCUACGUGGGACAGAUGAAGAGAGGGCUAUCACGGUUCCCCGGUUUGACAAGUUGGCGUCAUUGCUAAAGUUCGCAAGCUCCCCUCUGACGAAGCUGCUCAGCAAAAGACGACACGCCUUUGGGCUGGACGCUGCAGAGCUCUAUACGGCGCUUGUCAAAUUGCGCUAUAAAAAUACUCGAGCGUCGUGA